AUGGAACACGGCAAUGUUUCCGUGGGUACAGGGGGUCUGGCCUUCCAUUUCAAUUCCGCGCAUCUGAUGGAGCAUUUGGGUUAUAUGUGCAUCCGUGAUGGAGAACCUCGGGAAGAAGAUAUCACAGAAGUUGAAAGGGUCUAUAAUGAAAACCCAAAGCAUCAUAAGGGAUGUUUCCAGUAUUGCAAAGGUGGGGUCGAAUGUGAAAGAUUCCUUAACUCCGGCAACCAGAUUCGGAAUAUUGUCGAAGGUUUGUUAAAUAUGCGUUUUCCAGAUAUCAAAAAGCAGGGCCCUGCUAUUGUUGAGUUCGCUGGCACGCGAGAACAAAAAGGAGAGUUUAUGAGAGCACAUCCAUCAUGUGAAGCCGUCUCUGUCUUCCGCCCACUGAGGGAGCCUGCGUGCUGGGAUAAUGGACUGUUUAAACUUUAUACCUCUUCCCAUCACCAGACCGAGGUACAGUUCCAGAAUACUGAUAGCAGGGAUGCGCAUGAAAUUGUUGUUGGAACCGAUGAGGUUUUGGUCAUUUUCGGUGGGCUCCACGUCCAGCCGUCGCCGAACAGUGGGACACGGAUGGUUUGGCAGGGUUUCUCAAAGCGUCCAAUGCUAAGUGACAUCUGGUCUCCUCUGGCCCUGCCAUUUAUGAAGGUCUAG